UGACACACAAUGAGGCGUCGGGAACAACCUCACCAAACGCCGCUGUAAAUAAAUAGAGCGAUCGCUGAAGCCGGAGAAUCAUGGAGAACCAGUGCACGGUUCAGGUGAAGCUGGAGCUGGGACACCGCGCUCAGCUGCGGAAGAAGGUCACCUCGGAGGGCUUCACUCACGACUGGAUGGUUUUCGUCCGGGGGCCUGAGAUGUGUGACAUCCAGCAUUUUGUGGACAAAGUUGUCUUCCGGCUACAUGAGAGCUUCCCCAAACCCAAGAGAGUGUGCAAAGAGCCGCCGUACAAAGUGGAGGAGUCUGGGUACGCCGGCUUCCUCAUGCCCAUCGAAGUUUAUUUCAAGAACAAGGAGGAGCCCAAGAAGGUGUGCUUCAACUACGACCUGUUCCUGAACCUGGAGGGAAACCCUCCUGUCAAUCACCUGCGCUGCGAGAAGCUCACCUUCAACAACCCCACCCGCGAGUUUCGGCGCAAGCUGGUCAAAGCUGGCGGGGUGAUGGUGGUGCCGGAGGGGGAAGAGGCAGUGUCCAGGCCCAGCCCCGACUACCCCAUGCUUCCCACAAUCCCGCUCUCAGCCUUCUCCGACCCCAAGAAGACCAAGCCCUCCCAUGGGUCAAAGGAACCCGGUAAAGACAGCAGUGGGGGGAGCAGCAAGGGGCCCAAGCCCCACAAGUUGGCCAAGGAGCACCGCGAGCGUCCACGCAAGGACUCCGAGAGUAAGUCUGCGUCCAAGGGUGAGAGCGACCGUGACGGAGGCAGCAGCAAGCCCGCCCGGGACCCCUCGUCAUCAUCCUCCUCCUCUUCAUCCUCCAAGAAGCCCGCCGAGCUCAAGAUAAAGGACGAGGGCAAGGCCCCCCCCAAGGCGGCCUUCAAAGAGCCCAAACUCACCCUGAAGGAGGGCAUGUCUCCCAAAGGUGGGGGGACUGGUGGGGGCGGGGGCGGAGGGGGCCCGCUGGAGACCAAGGCGCCCAGCAAGCGCCCUUCGGCUGUGGAGUCCCCGAAAUCCAGCGUCAAAAAGCAGAAAAAAGGGGUCCCUGAGGGGCCAAAAGGCGCCGGGGGCGGGGGCUUCUCCAGCACCUCCCCCCGAGUCUCCUCCUCCUCCUCAGCUCCGCCCACCUACUCGGACAAGAAGCCACCCAAGGACAAGGGCCGCUGGGUCAAGGUGAAGACGGAGACGUCGGAGGCAAAGGAGUCCAAGAAGCCGCCCGAGUCGGACGAGUCCAACUCCGAAGACGAGGCCUCCUCGAAGUCAGAGCCAUCGGCGCCCUCCAGCCCCUCCAACUCCACCUCCAGCUCGGACUCCAGCUCGGACUCGGACUUCGAGCCCUCGCAGAAGCAAGGCCAAGGGCCCCUGCGCUCCAUGGUGGAGGACCUGCAGUCGGAGGAGUCGGACGAUGACGACAGCAGCUCGGAGGCGGAGACACCCGUCAAAACCAACCCACCCAAUCGUGACUCCCGGAUGAGUCUGGACAGCGAGAGUGACAGCAGUGACGAGUCCCACCCCCCGGGCCGUGAGGCCCCGCCCCCUGCACAGAAACACAGCUCUUCCAACAACAAGGUCUCUGGGAGGAAGAGUCCAGACCCAUGUACCAGACCAGAGAAGAUGCUGAAGAAGGGAUACGACAAGGUAGGAAGGGCCUACACAGAGGAGCUAGUGGACCUGCACCGCAGACUGAUGGCUCUGAGAGAGAGAAAUGUCCUACAGCAGAUCGUGAAUCUCAUCGAGGAGACCGGCCACUUCAACGUCACCAACACCACCUUUGACUUUGAUCUCUUCUCACUGGACGAGUCGACUGUCCGCAAACUACAGAGCUACCUGGAGGCCACCGCCACGUGACAGGAUGUCCCCCUCCCAGGGGCGGAGUUUUCUCCACCUCCGUUGCCUCUCUCCGUGGAACUGGCACCAAGCGGUGAGAGGAGGACAGAGAGAGAGAGACAGACAGGAGAUAACCUAGCAGCACGAGACAGACACACUAAACUGCAGAGAGGCUCUGGAGGAGAGCGGAGGGGGAGAGAGAGGGGCUAGGAGAGGAACGAGAAAAUGGGACUGUUGAUUUAGUGAAGGAUGGAGAAAUGUCGGCCGUUUUCGCCUGCACUCGAGGAUACGCCCAGGGGCCAGGCUGCUGAAUGGAUAGCCAUAGCGGGUUGCACUGUGGACUGGUCUGGUUACCCAUCUCCCCCCGCCCACCCCCUCUGCUCUUCCUCUGUAACCUCAGUACUGUUCCCCCUCC